GUAUAUGUAUAUCAUACCAGUGCUCGCAUAGUUUCCAUGGUCGUAACUCUUCUUCCGUGUAGAAAGAAAAAGUCGCGAAUGGAGAUUAUGAAUAAUAAUAAAUCAACAUUAAUCGGCGAUUACACCGAGAGCUUAAUCGAGAGCGCCGCGUGUUUAAUUGUAACGUUAUCGAAAUUGAACUCUGAUCUUGAUUGGGCACAGACCAGCAGAGAUCUCUGCACAAGGAUCCAGUAAGAAUGGCUGCCGUUUUCAGAAGAUUCAGAACCGCACAGAUCACGGUGAUCGGCAAUACUAAACUACUGUCAUUGAUUAUCAGCCGAUCUUUUGCAAGGUCAUCGAUCCGUCAGGAUAUCAGCGAAGGAUGGAUAAACAAGAUUUUCGUACGAAAAAUCGAGCCAACCAAAGAGUCACACUCGCGGAUGCUGUCAGACAAAGGAGUUAUUUACGCUUUGCAUACACACAAUAUCCGACCUGACUCCAUUGACAAUUACGUGGCCAAUUACAAAGAGAUUGUUAACGUUAUUAACUCCAAGAAGUCUGAAUUAAAAUUGGAACUGGUUGGUUCAUGGACUGUCGUAGCCGGUGAUAUCGAUCAAGCGUUACACCUUUGGCAAUAUACCGGUGGUUAUGAUAGCGUUGAUCGCGCACAAAUCGAAUUGUCCAAGGACAAAGUAUAUCAACAGUUACUCAAAGAAAGUGGCAAAUAUUUACGAUCUCGUUACUUGCAAUAUUUAUUGGCAUUUAGCUACUGGCCUACCCUUAUAAAACGCGAUGGUUCAAAUAUAUAUGAAAUACGUAGUUAUAGAUUACAACCUGGCACAAUGAUAGAAUGGGGCAAUAAUUGGGCAAAGGCUAUUAAUUAUAGACGCAACAACAAUGAACCUUUUGCUGGUUUCUUCUCACAGAUUGGUCGAUUGUAUAAUGUUCAUCACAUUUGGUGUUACAAAAAUCUCCACGCGCGAAUGGAAACUCGGGAGAGUGCAUGGAGGUCUCCAGGAUGGGAUGAAUGUGUUGCAUAUACUGUACCAUUGAUCAGAGAAACGCAUUCCCGUAUUUUAAGACCUACUAGCUUUUCACCGACAAAAUAAAAUUUUCCUCCGAUAAAUACAUUUGUAUAUUACAACUUAUUUCUUAUGUCUAUAUGAUGAAAACAUUGUAAAAAUAUUUGUUAUAAUGCACAUUACAUUUAUAAUCGUGUAAAGUAAGCGCUCGAUAUGGAAACGGUCGUAGCAUUUUAUUGUAUUACAGCUAUUGAAAUGUAUUUUAAUAAAAUUUAAAUUUCUUUGUUACUAUA